ACGAGGACUUGGUCCAUUACCUCACUAAAAUAAUGUAAGAAUCCUGGAAGACUUGCACCACCCAAAAAUCACUGUGAGUGGCAUGGCUGCAUGAGAUAGUUUCCAGUGUUUCUAAAUAUUAUUGUGACAUAAUUUAUAAGAAUCCUACUGGGAAACUCUCUCAUAAUUAGGCUAGUAAGCUGGAUAGAGGUCAGGAAGAGACUAAAACAUGGUCAAAAGUCUUUUAUUUAUUCCGUAUUCUUUUGUGUUUAAGUCCUAUAAAUAUUAAAUAGGUUCCUUAGUUUGUAUCACUAGCUGCAUAAAGGGGAGCUAGUUGAAUUCGCCUCGUGUUUCCUCCCCUUUCUUUUGUUUCUUUUCGCUAGCUGCUAUGAAGGUAAUGUCCCAGCCCUAUAUAUGCUGCCUCUAUGUUAUACUAACAUGAAUGCAUUUAAUGUCAUUUUUUUGUGUUUGCAUGCCACAUGCCAUAUGUAUACCACAGAAAAUUGUGUUGAAAGUAUGUAUCAACUGCCAGAAGUGCAAGAGAGAUUUGCUGGGAGUUGUCACCAAGCUUACUGGUAUAGACCAGAUAGCUGUGGAUAUUGAGAAAGGGACAUUAACGGUUGUGGGGACUGUCGACCCGGCGUGUCUCACUAAGAAAAUCAGGAAAAGUGGAAAGAUGGCAGAAAUUAUCAGUGUUGGACCUCCCAAGGCUCCUGAAAAGAAGACUGACGACAAGCCACUCCCUGCUUGUUGUAAUAAUUGCCAAGUUGCUGUGGGCGCGGCCUUCAUUUCGAAUGAGAACAUUUUCUGCUCCAUUCUUUAAGUGGGUGUUCCUCAGUCCUCUGCCAUGGUUACCAUCAGUUUCCCGCUUCCAUGAAUAAUCGGUUAUUUUAUUAAAUAUAAACAGGUCAAUUUAUGUUUUGUGUGAAAGA